ACUUGUCAAUGUCAAACAAACAAAAUAAUCGUAACAAAAAUAGCAAAGGUGUUUGAAAAUCAAUGUGGAAAUUAGUUAUUACUGUCGAUUUCGCGAAUUAAUAAAUAAUAUAAGUCUCCGUCAAACAUGGUGCAUUCACAGUUUAGUUUAUCAUGGGAUUCGUAUAAAUCUAUUAUGUGCAAUGGUUUCAGUACUCUACAACAGAAUGGCGAGUUUGUUGACAUGACAAUUGCAGCUGAUGGUCACUUAGUGAAGGUUCAUCAAAUGGUGAUGGCCAUGGCCAGCCCAUAUCUAAAGGAGCUGAUCACAUCUGCUCCGUGUCAGCAUCCAGUUAUAUUCCUUAAUAAUGUGAGUCACAAGACAUUGUGUUGUCUCUUAGAGUAUAUAUACACCGGGGAAGUGCUUCUCCCAGCGGAGAGCCUGGCACUCUUUGUAGAAACUGCUAAAUCAUUGCACAUUAAAGGAUUGGAAAGCUUGAGCAGUAGUGAAUGUUUACCUGUACGAAUGAAUACAAACAUAUCACAGUUGGAAACAAAUGAAUUUAAUAACAUUCUGACUUCUUCGGGUGGCAAAACUGAACAGAUGAACUUGCCUGUGACAAGAAAAAUAACCCUGAAAACAUAUGGUAAUACAACAAAACCUGGAGCUUUAAAAACAAGUUUAAAUGUGCCGGACAAUGUACCUAUAAUGUCGGACUAUGCUAUGACUGAUGACACUGCACACAAUUCGGAUGACGACCACGACUUUCAGAACCAAACAACCGCGAAUUCGAUGUUAGAUGCCACACCGGACACAGAAAAAUACGCAUCGAACUUACAAUUCACCGUGUCGAUACGAGGCUCGCUGCAAAUAAUCCUGAACCGGUACAUGUACAACCUGCACUCGGUGACGCACCGCACUGGUGUGCGUCGCUGGCGCUGCGUCGACUACCGCAACCACAAGUGUAUGGCCUACGUCGUGUCCGACAAGAACGUCGUGAUUGGCAGGUAUGGCGUCAUCUAGCCCAGAAAAGAUCGCGGCUCACUGCAAAUAAUCCUGAACCGGUACAUGUACAACCUGCACUCGGUGACGCACCGCACUGGUGUGCGUCGCUGGCGCUGCGUCGACUACCGCAACCACAAGUGUAUGGCCUACGUCGUGUCCGACAAGAACGUCGUGAUUGGCAGGUAUGGCGUCAUCUAGCCCAGAAAAGAUCGCGGCUCACUGCAAAUAAUCCUGAACCGGUACAUGUACAACCUGCACUCGGUGACGCACCGCACUGGUGUGCGUCGCUGGCGCUGCGUCGACUACCGCAACCACAAGUGUAUGGCCUACGUCGUGUCCGACAAGAACGUCGUGAUUGGCAGAGGGAAUUUACAUAACCAUCCAUUCCACGAUAAAAAAAUACUAUCCAAAAUUGAGAAAAACGUUGUCUACUCCGCUUUAGACGAUGUCGAAGGCUACAAGGAUAAGGAACCCACCGAAGAUUCUGCCAAAGACGUCAGUGCCAUGGAACACGACAGCGAAUACCUCUCCUUGGACUUCAGCGAAGACAACGAACCCUGUAGUAUUAUAAAGCAGUUAAAGCAUGAGUGAAACGUGAAUUAAUGGGUUAAAGUAAUUCGGACUGUUGCAGUGAAUAAAGUUAGGUUAAAAGGGAAA